CGCGAACCGUUACUUGGGCCCGCGGAGGUCGUGUUCGGCAAUUCAGUUCACUAUGACAAAUACUGUGGCAGCCCUCGCUGUCCCCGGGCCUAUAAUGCCUGGACUUCCCCCGCCUCCUGCCGGCACACCCAGCCAGCGGGUCCUGACUGGGUGGGGAGAAUUACACAGAUGGAGAGGAUCAAAUCAUUCCGGUACCACUAGGGUACUCGGUAAUGAGUUCUCUUCCACCUGAAUCAGUUCUCCUGCCGUGGAGAGCGGUACAAUCUCUGGCUUUCGAGCACAUGCAGCCUCUUUGGGUAUUUUGAUUCGAAC